CGUGUCUGUGUUUGUGUGGCGGUUAUGCCGGCCGGCGCGCGGCGUUCGCUGGCUUCCCCGACGGUCGUUAACGGCGUGUUGUGCCAGUGCGGCGGGGUCUCCUCGUCCGCUUCCUCCUCUUUCUCCUCCGGCGGCGGCGAGGCCGCUUCCCGGUUCCUGGCCGAGCACGAGCGUCGCCUGUAUAGCCUCUUCGCCCAGCUGGACAUUAACCGGGACGGCGCCCUCUGCGUCCACGACCUGGCUGUCGGGCUGGAGCGGCUCGGCCUUCACCGCUCGGAGCGGGACCUCUGGGUGAGUUUGGCCCCCCUCCCUCCCCAGGGUGGAUCCACACGUGCGCUCGAACACGCGUGUCAGCAUCUUUACACGCCUCCACCCGGGUUAGCCCACGAAGUGUUGAACUCCUUCCUGGACGGACUCUCGUAG